AUGGAAAACGAUCAAAUUUCAUACAUUACUUUGCGACAACCUGUCACUUCAUCAGAAGAUGAGUCUCACUCGAAUAAAAAACUAACAAAUCCAGGGAAAAAAUCGACCCCCCUGAUUCUCAUCACAUGUAUUACUAUUAUAUGUGUUUCAAUAAUAAUUAUUGUGCUACCAUUGAAAUUGUUAAAGAAAGAUGAAAAAUCUUUAUAUCAAGGCAAUAAUUCAAUAACAUUCACCCCGAGCACACCUUCAAAUUCAUCGGACAACAUUACAUAUUAUAUAAGCGAAUUAAAUUCUCGAAGCAAGAUAUUUUCUCGAAAAACAUCAUUGAGAAAACAUUAUUAUGAAGCAUUGAAAUUUAAUGUAUCAAUAACAGGAAAUUAUACAUUCAGUAGUAUUAGUACGAUUGAUACUUAUGGAUAUUUAUUUAUCAAUGAAUUUGAUCCAUUGAUAUUUUGUAAGAAUUUAAUUGCAGAAAAUGAUGAUGCUAUGAAAGAUGUGAUACCAUUCGAAAUUCAAUCAAUACUUCAAUCAUCUAUUAUCUAUAUUUUAGUAGUUACAACAUUUAGAUCAAACAUAACAGGCAAAUUUUCAAUUUCUAUCCAAGGUCCAGAAAAAGUCAAAUUCGUUCAACUUGAUGAAAUAAAAGUGUCAUCAGUUUUAAUGCCAUUACUUCAACCAAAUGAUGUGAUUAAUGCAAUAUAUAAUACUAGAAUGGGUGGUAACAGUACGCUGGCAAGGCCUGGAGACGGAUCUGGAACUUAUCCUCCGCGAGAGGGUCCAAAUAAUACAUGUGAUAACAAUACUUUAACGAAAUAUUUAAGCUUUGGUACAUGUAGGUCUACUUCUGUUCGUCUCUCGUGUGGAUUAAACACAGGAUUUUAUGUUACAUUAGCAAAAGGUGCAUCAAUUGUUAAAGGAUUGCAAAUUUGUGCAGCCAACGGUAAUGUUGCACGUGAUCCACUGAGAGUUACAUUAGAGGGAAGUAAUGAAACCGGAGUAAAUCUUACUUUUGGAAGAAGUUGGACUUCUAUUUACAUUGGAGGCGUCGGUUUCGAUUACGGUCCACCUAGAUAUUCAUGUUCAGUGAUUCAAUGUAUUGCUAAUUCAAUAAGUUAUCGAAGUUAUCGAUUUCUUGUUACUGAGAAACGUCGACCAGAGAACUCUGUUCAGUAUUCAGAAAUUCAAUUGUUCGAAUAUUAA